GCGGGCGGGGCUCGGGCCGGCCGGGCGGCGGGGACCCUCGGCGCUGCCUCCCGCCGCCUCUGGCUCCGGGACACGCCGGUGCGAGCGCAGGACUGAGUUUGCCCUAAAAGAAAUCAUGUCAUCAGGAGGAGCUGAAGAUGAUAUUCCUCAAGCAGAGAGGAAAACAGUGACAGACUUUUGCUACUUAUUGGAUAAAUCUAAGCAGCUAUUCAAUGGCUUAAGGGAUUUACCUCAGUAUGGGCAAAAGCAAUGGCAAUCCUAUUUUGGGAGAACAUUUGACGUUUACACCAAACUCUGGAAGUUUCAACAGCAACAUCGACAAGUAUUGGACAAUCGGUAUGGGUUGAAGCGGUGGCAAAUUGGGGAAAUUGCUUCCAAGAUUGGGCAGCUCUAUUACCAUUAUUACUUGCGCACUUCAGAAACCAGCUAUCUCAAUGAAGCUUUCUCCUUCUAUUCAGCAAUUAGGCAGAGGUCGUACUACUCUCAAGUCAACAAAGAAGACAGGCCUGAACUAGUGGUUAAGAAGCUGCGUUACUAUGCAAGGUUUAUAGUAGUUUGUCUCUUGCUCAACAAAAUGGACGUUGUAAAGGACCUUGUGAAGGAGCUGUCGGAUGAAAUUGAAGACUACACUCAUCGUUUCAAUACUGAAGAUCAGGUGGAGUGGAACCUCGUUCUUCAGGAAGUGGCAGCUUUUAUUGAGGCAGACCCUGUCAUGGUUUUAAAUGAUGACAACACCAUUGUAAUCACCUCUAACAGGCUUUCUGAAACCGGAGCUCCCCUGCUGGAGCAGGGAAUGAUAGUGGGACAGCUUGCUCUUGCAGAUGCACUGAUUAUUGGGAACUGCAACAACCAGGUGAAGUUCAGUGAACUGACAAUCGACAUGUUCCGAAUGCUGCAAGCACUUGAAAGGGAACCAAUGAAUUUAGCAUCACAAAUGAACAAACCUGGAAUGCAGGAGUCGACGGAGAAGCCGGCCAGGCGUGAAAACCCCCAUAAAUAUCUACUUUACAAACCAACUUUUAGCCAGCUCUAUACAUUUUUAGCAGCAUCAUUUAAGGAGCUGCCUGCCAACAGUGUGCUGCUGAUUUACUUGUCUGCCACGGGCGUGUUUCCAUCAGGUCGUUCGGAUAGUGAAGGUCCGUAUGAUUUUGGUGGUGUUCUGACAAAUAGCAACCGGGACAUCAUAAAUGGGGAUGCUAUCCACAAGCGAAACCAGUCUUACAAGGAGAUGCACUGUCUGCACCCUGGAGAUCUCUACCCUUUCACAAGAAAGCCCCUGUUUAUCAUUGUGGACUCUUCCAACAGUGUCGCCUACAAGAAUUUCACAAACUUAUUUGGACAGCCGUUGGUGUGCUUGCUUUCUCCGACAGCGUAUCCUAAAGCGUUACAAGAUCAGUCUCAGCGGGGUAGCCUCUUCACACUCUUUCUGAACAAUCCUUUAAUGGCAUUCCUGUUUGUCUCUGGAUUAUCAAGCAUGCGCAGAGGAUUGUGGGAGAAGUGUCAAGAAUACCUUCGGAAAAUCAACCGGGAUAUUGCCCAGCUGCUGACCCACUCCCGAUCCAUAGAUCAGUCCUUUCUUCAGUUUUUUGGGGAUGAAUUCCUUCGCUUGCUUCUAACAAGAUUUAUCUUCUGUUCGGCUACUAUGAGGAUGCACAAAAUAUUCCGGCAGGAGACUCGAAAUUAUCCAGAAUCUUAUCCCCAGCUGCCGAGAGACGAAACGGUGGAGAACCCUCACCUCCAAAAGCACAUUUUGGAGCUGGCUUCUAUACUGGAUGUUAGGAAUGUUUUCCUGGAAAACACCCUCGAUGACUAUUAAAAGAAACUGUCUUACUGCAAAGGGGUUUCCCUGGCCACAGAUUUUGAAUGGUGCAGUUUUAUAAUGUGAAAAUCAUAAAAGGAAGUACUUGAUUUUAUUUUUAAAUUUAGGACCAUUAUUUUACAAAGGAAUACUAAACAGCUGUUAGUGUGGCUGUUCCAGUCUGUAUGGGGUCAAUUUUAUAAGCAGAAGUUUUCACAUCUUUUAAAUGUUAAACUAAAGAAUCGUUAGAGGUUUAUUUCUGGUCUUGUGGCUAUCAACCACAUUUCCAACAGCUGAUCCUAAGCAUAGAAGUAUUACUGGUUACCUUAAGCCCACGUUUGUGGAGAUCCUUUAUUUUUAUACAAUUUUAAGAAAUUGGGAAAAAAAUCAAUAGAAAAAACCCAAUAUUUUAUCCCCAAAGAGUCUGGAUUUGAAAUGGUAAAGAUGGAACCACACAGUGCAAACCUACAAUAGCAAUAACCAGAGUCCUUCAUAACAAAUAUAUUUUUUCAGUCUUAGGCGAGUAAGGAGUCAAAAUUGCGGACAGUUGAGUUGCAUUUGGAGCGGUGGGUUUGAAGUGAAGCUGUAAAGAUACUAAAUGCUCCCUAUAAAUUUGACACAGCAAUUUUAUAUCUGAACUUUGUACUGCUGGCCAAGGACACAGUUUCCUCUCUGCCUGUUUGGCGGAUUAACAAACUACAGAACCAAGAAAGCUGGCCCCCAUCUCACUGUAAUAUGCGUCGUCUUGCCGUUUGUACCGCUGCCACAGCUUUCCCGAAGGAGAGGGCAUUCUUCGUUUUGAGGUACUAGACACAAAUUCUUAAGUUUCCAGCAGGUGUUCUCCCUCCUUUCCGUGUGUGGAUGGAAUGUGUGGCUCCCACAGUGUUGCCAGUCCCCCGCAGGAGCUGAAAGAUGUCCCAUACAGUACGAGCCCUCCCUGUCACUCCUGUACCUGCCCCCUCUGCACUGGAUCCCUGUGCCCUAGGAGUGGUGCUGGUGUUUCUCCUGCAGGUUAAACAAUGUGGUGCUGCUGUAAAGCCCUGUUAACCUUUUGCAUGCCCACCGUCGCCCCUCAGUCCUGUCUUUGAACCAGUAAAGCUAAGGGGCUGUAGCGAUGUUUGGCGGCAGCGUAGGCUCCCUCAGCCCAUCAUGCUCUGGGUAUUUUGAGGCGCACGGUGGCCUUUGGAGGGGCGCUUGUUGAAGAGGCUGUUCUGGCUGCUGGGAAAAGCGCUCGCUGACUCCUUUGGCCUGUGCUGGCCUCCUCGCAGAGCUAGAGGCCCCCCUGCAGCUCCCGGCAACGAGGGGCUGUGCGAGGAGAAGGGACCAAAAAUGUUUUAAACUAGUAAAUGAAAAAGUCCAUUUUCACUCUUCCACUCUUCCUGCUGGAAAAGUACCAAAAGGACAAAUCUGAUUGGUGCUUUUAUCUUGAACCCCAGCCGUGCCUCUGUUUUUAGAUGACCAACCUGCAGGACUCAGUGAUGGCUGUGGCAGCAUUGUGGGCCUUUUGGCCAUGCCAUCGUGCAGGCUGUGAGAGCGAAGGGCGGCAGCUCAGCGCUCGCGGACCCUGCGGCCGAGGAGAGCGCAGUGGGGAACAGCGGCAACUGCGGGAGCGCGGCUGGGAAGCUUGCAUGAAGGUUCUUUGUAGCUGAGCUGAAGCUUAUGCCACCCAUUCUUUACUUUCUCCAGUGUAAAAUAUUCUGUGGAUGCUCGUGUUUGUCCCGCACAGUCUGGAAGCCGGUGUUUCUGAGCCCCCCACCACUUGGUGCUGCUCGUUGGACUACAGCAGGACUUUGUUACCUGGGAUGUGGAGUCUUUCGGAGUGCGUGUUUGUGCGUGUGCAUGUGUGUCGUAGGCGUUUGUGUGUCUGUGUACAAUCCGCAUACAUCUACUGGCUGUGUAAAUUGUAAAUAUGUACAUAUGUACAGGUACUUGGAUAUGUAUUAAAGAGAACAGAGCAGCGUCGUGUCUGU